CGUCGUUUUGGGGUCUCCGGGGUCGGUCCGUUUCUUCUGAGGCUCCCGAAAGCUGGUUUUGGGCUGGGGUGACGAGAGAGGGAAGGCGCGAGAGGAGGCAGGCGGCGUCCUCUUUGCACAGAGGCGGGUCUGAGGCGCGGUAGCGGCGCCCAGGGGUACCCCGAAUCUGGGUCGGGGACGGGGAUGCCCGGGGCCCGACCUGGUCCUGUGCCCCCGGCCCGCCCCGCCCGCAGAGUCCGAUGGCGCCGGCCGCGCGGAGGGAGCCGGCUCAGGUUCCUGUGGCUGCAGAAUCACUUCCACACCAUGCAGAGGGUCGUGUGACCUUUGAGGACGUGGCUGUCUACUUCUCCUGCGAGGAGUGGGGGCUCCUUGAUGAAGCCCAGAGACUCCUACACCGCAGUGUGAUGCUGGAGAACUUUGCACUGAUGGCCUCUCUGGGACUUGCAUCUUCCGGGACUCAUGAAAUUACCCAAUGGGAGCAGUGGGCAGAUCCCUUUUUGCCUGCCUGUGGAGUCACCACUGCAGCAAUGCCAAGAGGUUGUUGGCAUGGAGCAGAGGUUAAGGAAGCACCUUCUGAGCAGAGUGUUUAUGUAGAAGGAGUGCUCAGAGCAAACCUUCACCAACACCAGAAGCUGCACUGUGGAGAGAAACUCUUAAGAAGAGAAGAGACGGAGGAGGGUGAGAAGGACUCCCCAACUAGCUCUGGUCUUCUCAAGCAUCAGGUGGCUCACAGCGGAGGGGAGUCACAUAGGAGCACUGAAAGUGAGGAGGCCUUUCACCCUGAAAAAAGGCAUUACAAAUGUGGCGAAUGUGGGAAAGCCUUUGGUCAGAAAUACUUACUUGUUCAGCACCAGAGGCUACACACUGGAGAAAAGCCUUAUGAAUGCAGUGAAUGUGGGAAAUUAUUUAGCCAUAAAUCUAACCUUUUUAUACACCAAAUAGUUCACACUGGUGAAAGGCCUUAUGGGUGUAGUGAAUGUGGAAAAUCCUUUAGCCGAAAUGCUGACCUCAUUCAACACCGGAGAGUUCACACUGGAGAAAAGCCUUUUACAUGCAGUGAAUGUGGAAAAGCCUUUAGGCAUAAUUCCACACUUGUCCAGCAUCACAGAAUCCACACUGGAGUAAGACCUUAUGAGUGCAGUGAAUGUGGGAAAUUCUUCAGCUUUAACUCAAGCCUCAUGAAACAUCAGAGAGUUCACACUGGAGAAAGACCUUAUAAGUGCAGUGAAUGUGGGAAAUUCUAUAGCCACAAGUCAAGCCUUAUUAAUCAUUGGAGAGUUCAUACUGGAGAAAGGCCUUACGAGUGUAGCGAAUGUGGGAAAUUUUUUAGCCAAAGCUCUAGUCUCAUGCAACACCGAAAAGUUCACACUGGAGAAAAGCCUUUUAAGUGCAAUGAAUGUGGAAGAUUCUUUAGUGAGAAUUCCAGCCUCGUUAAACAUCAGAGGGUUCACACUGGAGCAAGACCUUAUGAGUGCAGGGAAUGUGGCAAAUUUUUUCGCCACAGCUCCAGCCUUGUUAAACAUCGGAGGAUUCACACUGGAGAAAUGCCUUAUGAGUGCAGCGAUUGUGGAAAGUCGUUUAGCCAGCGUUUCAACCUCAUUCAACACCAGAAAGUUCACAGUGGAGAAAAGUCUUGAAUGCAGCUAAUGUAGAAAAACCUUUAACCAAAGUUCUGCUCUGAUUCAGCAACAGAAACUUCACAAUUCAGGCCGUAUGAAUACCAUGAACAUGAAGAAAGGUUUCAGCCAAGGGCUUCACUUUGUUCAGCACCAGAAACUUCAGAUUGGAGGAAGGCCUUAGGAGUGCAGGGCAUGGG